AGGUAGGCGCACGAUUGGCCGCGCGGUACAACGCGACUCCGGGCUUUUGAAGUCUGGGGGAUAAAAAGGGGAGCCCGAGGGCCACACGAGAAGUUCAACAUCUUGGCCGUCAAGACCCCCCAGCCCGUCCUGCCUUCUCCAGCCGCUCACAGCGUCCGUGUGACGCCAGUGAGGGCCGCUACUAGGCAGUGUGAGGCAAGGCUUUAUCGUCCUCUUCCCUCCGCCUCUCACAGCAUCUGUGUGACGCCAAUGGCGGCUCGGGAGGUGACCAGGCGGCAGGGAAAGGAAUAUGCCACCCACUUCAGCCCGCGCGAGUACAUGCGCGCGUACUUCAGCACAGCCCAGGGUGACGCGGGGGAGGGCGAGCUCCUGCCCCAGCUCCUCCAGUUCCUGCACUCGGCCUUCGCCACAGGCGAGGUGUCAGGCCAGCGUCUCCUGGACGUCGGUUCGGGUCCUACCAUCUACCAGGUGCUGAGCGCCUGCGAGAGCUUCCCCGAGAUCUACCUCUCCGAGUACGCGCAGAACAACCGGGAAGAGCUCCAAGGCUGGCUCAACCGCUCCCCCGAUGCCUUCGACUGGACGAGCGUCGUCCAGUUCGUGUGCCGCCUCGAGGGAAGGAGCGGAUGUGAGGAGGAGAAGACGGAGCGUCUACGCAGGGCGGUUCAGGCCGUGCUGCCCUGCGACGUCAACCAGGAUGACCUGUUACUCGGGUCCACACAUAUCCCUGACCUCUUCGACUGCGUCCUCUCCACGCUGUGCCUGGAGGCUGCGUGCGACUCGGUCGAAGGCUUCGGCGCUGCGCUGGGCCGGAUGUGCGGGCGCCUGCGUCCGGGCGGGUAGCUCGUCAUGGCCACUGUGUUGCAGGAGACGUUCUACCGCGUCGGCGUCGAGACCUUCGGGGUGCUGCCCGUGGACGAGGGCAACGUGGUAGACGCCGUGAGGGCGGCGGGGUUGACGGUCUGCCGACUGACCAAGCACGGGGCGCCUGAUGUCGCUGGAGGGGAGAGGGCCUCUGACUUCAAGGGGUUGCUCUUAAUCGUAGCGCAGAAAAAAUAACGUCCGUAUUUUUUGUGUUUAAUUUAGUUUCCCCCCCCCCCCACGCACCUCCGAUUAGCAUGGGUAGCUUUGUACGGUGCAAAAGAAGUUCAAACUACAUCAACUAAUUUCAUUAGAACUGCAUAUUGUGUUUAGUUUGCUGUACUACCCUCGCAACUUCGAUUAGCACGGUUGGCUACGUACGGUGCGAAAGAAGUUCAACAUACAUAUGUAGAGUAGUCGGGGACAUUACUUCACGCUCACCUUCCGGUGUGAUGACGUCACAGGAUGUGACGUCCUGCACAGGGGGUGGGGCGAUGAUGUCAUGUUUCCCUGGGGUACUUAUUCUAGAGCCCGUGACGUGAGC